UGUCCCCUGCAUUUUAAUUAUUAUUAGAUGUGCAUUGCAUGUGAAUGCAUUAUGUAUAUACAGUAGACUCGCGGUAACAAAAACACCGCCUUUUGUGAACACCGGCUAACAUGAACAUAAUUUUUUUUACAUUGACUACUCGGUAGCGGGAACACGAUGCAUACAUAUGUAUGUUAAUUAUGGGAAUUGUUUUUAUAAAACGGAGAAUACCCGUAAAUUAUUGCUUAUGAGUAUACUGGGAUGGAUCAAUGUGGAUUGGCAUCAGAAUUUGUGCGCGUUGCUGACUUUGCAUGAGCUAAUCUAAAGUUAUUCGUGAAAAAUGUCGCAAAAACGACCAAAAUACUUGUCUUUAAAGGAAAAAGUUGAUGUAAUAGAAAAAUUAAAAGGAGGAUCAAGCGUAACCAGGUUAGCAAACCAGUACAGUGUUGCAAAAUCAACAAUUUGCGCUAUCAACAAAAAAAAGAGAACAUUUUAAAAUGUGUUAACAGUACAUUUUCUGGGCCUGGAAAGCGGAAGACUAUGAAGUGUUCUGAACUUCCUAAAGUGGAAAUAGCACUUUACCCUUGGUUCCUUAAACAGCAACAAAAAAAUUAUCCUGUCAAUGAAUUGAUAGUUAAAGAAAAAGCUAAAUUUUGUCAUUCAAAAAUUAAAGAAACUCAAAGCGAUUUUAAUGCGAGUGAUGGAUGGUUGCAACGCUUUAAGAAGCGUUAUGGUGUGCGUUUUAUUAAAAUAAGUGGAGAAGAGUUAUCUUCUAGACCUGAACUUGUGGACCCUUUCAAAAACAAGCUGCAAGCCAAAAUUAAAGAGCUAGAUCUGUCGCACGAUCAAAUAUAUAAUGCAGACGAAUCGGGACUAUUUUGCAAGCUGCUACCUGACAGAACAUACGUAUCCUCACAAGAAAAAAAUUCUCCUGGAAGAAAAACGGAAAAACAGCGUGUCACUUUUCUGGCUUGUACAAACGCAACAGGGGUGCAUAAAGUUAAACUUCAUGUUAUUGGAAAGGCAAAAAAUCCUCGCUCUUUUAAAAAUGUUGAUUCUCCUGUUGACUGCAAUUGCUCCAAGUCGUCAAGGAUGACGGCUGCCAUUUUUAAACAUUGGUUUCACCAUUCGUUUGUACCACAGGUCAGGAAAUUUUUAAAAGAUCAAGGAUUGCCCAAUAAAGCGCUGCUGUUGAUAGACAAUGCUCCAUCUCAUCCUUCCGAAAAUUAAUUGAGAUCAGAUGAUGAGUUAAUAUAUGCAAUGUUUAUGUCACCUAAUGUCACUCCACUCAUACAGCCAAUGGAGCAAAAUGCCAUACGACUUACAAAACUUUUCUACAGAAACAGUCUUUUGGCAUCAAUUGUAGCCACAGGGACUGAUGUUAUUGAAGCUCUAAAGAAAUUGACGUUAAGAGACGCUAUUGGCUAUUUAGAAUUAGCUUGGCAACGUCUUGAAAACGAAACAAUAGCAAAAUGCUGGACGAACAUUUUAAGCUCUAUAGAAGAUGAAAAAUACUGUCAUGAGGAUAUUCCAUUAGCUACUUUGAGAGAAAGGAUUUGUUUGCCAAUUAACUGCCACCAAGAACGCGCAAUAGAACUGCUUCAUUGAAUUAAACCAGAGGUUAGUUUUUCAAUUGCUGAUAUCAAUGAAUGGACUGAAGAUUUUCCUAACUCAACCGAAACGAACGAGCUUUUAACUAGUGAUGAAAAUGAAAGCGAGGAUAGUAAUCUGGAAAGACCACAUACAAGAAUAGAGCCUAGUGAAGCAAUCAACAUUUUUAAUAAAGCUUUGGAAUGGGCGGAAGAUGAAAUAUAAGUCCAACAGAUAUCAGCGUACUUAAACGUCUCCGCGAAAAAGCCGUGUUCAGCAAUUUGCAAAAAAAGAAAAUCCAAAAAAAAUAACCCAUUUUUUCCAAUAAUUUCAAUAGGUAUUUUUUUUUCUUAACAAAGCCUAAACAUAUAAAUUACAUGUUUUUACAAUCUGAAAUAAAAUAAAAAUAAAUGAAUUUGAGUUAAAACACAUGUUUAACUUAUUUGAAAGAUUUUAAAAAUUAUACCUUCGAAAACGUGAACAACCUCGCAAACGUAAACACGCUCGGUUUUUAAUAGUUCACGUUACCGCGAGUUUUUAUAAUUGAAUCAUGCCCGUAUUUCUUAAUAUAUGGUAAAUAUGUGUUCAAAAAUAUUGUUAUUAUUAUGUUAAGUAAAAUAUCUAAUGGAAAAUUUGCUAUUUUUUCCAUUGAUAUUUGUAUAAAUAAUUAAGGUUAUUUGGAGGUUAUUCUUGCUCAAACCUCACAUGAAAAAAGCAAAAAAAAAGUCACUUCGUGAGGUGAAAAGCAUUUUUCUGUCUAACAGCUGUUUUAUAAAAAUAAACAAAGCAAAAUAAAGAAACAGACAGCCAAGAAAAGUGAGUAAUUUUUCAAAUAUAUUAAAUUUGGAGCAUAUAUAACACCGGUCAACACGAUUUUCGGGUCUGACAUCUACAUGUUAAAUUUUAGUUUCUCCUAUGACAAAAAUAAGGGAAAAAUUUUUUGCGGUUAAAGUUUGCUUUCGUAGAAAUUAGAGCAAUUUUUCGAUUUUUUUCUUACCUUCUAAAGUAUUUUUACAAUUAACGCAGGCGAAGUGAGGUACCCAAUUUUCAUUUUGAUUACUGACUUUUAGGUUAAAAUAGGCUUCAUAGGCUUCGUUUAGUUUUAGUUUCAAAUUUGUUGGUAAAGCAAAUUUUUUACUUCUAUCUUUAAUAAACUCACCGCAAAUAAAACAGAAUAAAUCAACAUCAUUUUUACACUGACUUGAUGCCAUUUUUUAACUGAGUAAUACACUAAUAUUGUUAAAUUCAGCCUCCACGACGAAACAUCCCCAAAUGGGUUGAGGCUGAUCGACUUCGCCGGAGCCCGAAAUAUGGUUAUCUGUAGUACUAGAUUCCAGCAUAAGAAGAUACAUCAAGCUACCUGGCUGUCUCCGGUUCGAAAAACCACCAACCAGAUCGAUCAUGUUGUGAUAGACGGAAGACACGUCUCCAGUGUUUUAGAUGUGCGUGCGCUCCGAGGUCCUAACAUCGACUCGGACCACUAUAUUGUUGCAGCCAAAAUUCGCACCCGCCUCUGUGCGGCAAAAAACGCACGCCAACAAACACAAGGAAGGUUCGACGUCGAGAAGCUGCAAUCACAACAGACAGCCGAACGUUUUUCUACUCGGCUUGCACUCCUGCUCUCUGAGAGCACUCGUCAACAAUUCGGUAUAAGGGAACUGUGGGACGGCAUUUCAAACUCCUUACGUACAGCUGCAACCGAAACCAUUGGUUUUCGGAAAGUGCAAAAGAACAGCUGGUACGACGAGGAGUGCCGUGUCGCAGCGGAGAGAAAACAGGCUGCCUACCUCGCAACGUUACGAUCGACCACAACACGUGCGGGAUGGGAUAGAUACCAAGAGUUGAAGAGGGAAGCGAGACGCAUUUGCAGACAGAAGAAGAAAGAGGCCGAAAUGCGUGAGUACGAACAGCUCAAUAAGCUGGCCGACAGGGGUAAUGCUCGAAAAUUCUACGAAAAGAUGCGGCGGCUUACAGAAGGUUUCAAGACCGGAGCAUACUCUUGUAGAACCCCCAAAGGUGAUCUAGUUACCGAUGCCCAGAGCAUACUUAAAUUAUGGAGGGAACACUUCUCCAGCCUGCUGAAUGGCAGUGAAAGCACAACACCGGGAGAAGGCAAACCCGAUUCCCAAAUCGAUGACGAUGGAGCAGACGUUCCAUUACCCGACCAUGAAGAAGUUCGAAUAGCAAUCACCCGCCUGAAGAACAACAAAGCGGCAGGGGCCGAUGGAUUGCCGGCCGAGCUAUUCAAACACGGCGGCGAAGAACUGAUAAUGAUAUGGUCGGACGAAAGCAUGCCCAACGACUGGAAUUUAAGUGUGCUAUGCCCAAUCCAUAAAAAAGGUGACCCCACAAUCUGCGCCAACUACCGUGGGAUUAGCCUCCUCAACAUCGCAUAUAAGGUUCUAUCGAGCGUAUUGUGUGAAAGAUUAAAGCCCACCGUCAACGAACUGAUUGGACCUUACUUAUCAGUGUGGCUUUAG